AUCCCCUGGUUACGAGAUGAAUCGUUGGUUAUUGGUUUUUGCGGCGUUAGCGGUUUUUGCUUCGGCUUCAGCCGACUCAACAAAGAAGGUUGUAUGCUACUACGGUAGCUGGGCUGGUUAUCGAAAUGGUGAUGGCAAAUAUGACAUCUCACAAAUGGAUUCGACACUUUGCACUCAUAUGAUCUAUGGCUUUGUCGGCAUCAAUUCGGAUGGCAGCAUCAGAGUUUUAGAUGCAUGGAAUGAUCUUGCAGACAAUUAUGGCUUGGGCGGUUUUAAAAAAUUCGGCGAUCUUCGUAAGAAGAGCCCCAGCACUAAAAUGAUGGUCGCUAUCGGUGGAUGGAAUGAGGGAUCUUCUACAUUCUCUACUGUCGCCGGCAGUUCAACUCUUCGUCAAAAAUUCGCCAAGAACGCCGCUGAAUUUUUGGACAAACAUGGUUUCGAUGGCUUCGAUAUCGAUUGGGAAUACCCGAACCAGCGUGGUGGAAAAGAAGCAGACAAAAAAAACUUUGUGGAAAUGCUCAAGGCUGUCAAAACCGAAUUAAAAAAAAAAGGAAAGAUUCUUAGUAUUGCCGUUGGUGCUGCCGAGUCACUUGCCACGUUGUCUUAUGAUCCAAUCUCCCAAAUAGCCGCAAAUGUGGACUUUAUCAACCUUAUGACAUACGAUCUCCACGGUACUUGGGACGGCGUCACUGGUCACCACGCUGGGCUUUAUUCGCCCACGAGCGGAGACAAGCUCAACGUUCACGCAGCCGUACUCUAUUGGUUGAAGAAGGGUUGCCCACCUGAGAAACUAAUCCUUGGAGUACCAUUCUACGGUAGAGCCUUCACUCUUUCCAAUAGUAACAAUAAUGGCAUUGGAGCUCCUUCCUCUGGACCAUCUUUAUCCGGCCCGUAUACUCAAGAGGGUGGCUAUCUUGGAUACAAUGAGAUUUGCACAAAAUUGAAGGAGGGAGGCUGGACUGUUAUACAUGGUAAUAAGGAAAAAUCUCCUUAUGCUUACAAGGGCAAUCAGUGGGUUGGCUAUGAAGAUGAACAAUCUAUUAAAGUAAAAGCUGAUUACGUCAAAGAAAAAGGUCUCGGAGGCCUAAUGACAUGGAGUAUCGAUACUGAUGACUUUAGAGGAAUUUGCGGUACAAAGAACCCUCUACUGAAAGCAAUGAACUUAGUGAGGAAAUAAGUUCUGGUAGAAUCAAGAUAAAUCGACCAAGAAACUACCGCAAACGAUGCAAUUAUAAUAAACAAUGCCUUCAUCUGUGACCACACCUUUCAGUAGUAUUUGCAAGAAAAAUGAUUACAAUUUGCGAUAAAUAAAGUUACGAUAUAUUCUACCUAUGCCGAAAUAUCAAUGGCGCUUUCUAAGGAAAAAUUUAAUUGUCUAAGCGGACUAGCUUUCAAUUCCUAAAUCAACGAUUGUAAUUACAAACAUCUCGAUAAUAGACAGUAAUAAAUGGUCAUGUUGUACUAUUCUAUAACGUUUCUACUUGUUAUACGGCGUGAAACGUAAUAAAUAGAUAUGCUUAAUAA